GGGCUGGGGAGCCUCCCGGCCCGGCCGGGUGACACGGGCUGGGGCUCCGGCCGCAGCCACAGUGGCCCGGCCGCCGCGUGACUGGCCGCAGUCACGCUGUGCUUAAUCACAAUUAGCUUGUGCUCCGGGCUGGCCGCGCUCCCAUUUCUCCCAGCCGGUGACCCCGGGGAUUUCUCUUAUGGUGGCUUUCUCUGAAAUGCCAAAACCACCCGAUUAUUCAGAACUGAGUGACUCUUUAACGCUUGCCGUGGGAACAGGAAGAUUUUCGGGACCAUUGCACAGAGCAUGGAGAAUGAUGAACUUCCGUCAGAGGAUGGGAUGGAUUGGAGUGGGAUUGUAUUUGUUAGCAAGUGCAGCAGCAUUUUACUAUGUUUUUGAAAUCAAUGAGACUUACAACAGGCUGGCCUUGGAACACAUUCAGCAGCACCCGGAAGAGCCCCUUGAAGGAACCACAUGGACACACUCCUUGAAAGCUCGGUUACUCUCCCUGCCGUUUUGGUUUUGGACAAUUAUUUUUCUGAUCCCUUAUUUACAGAUGUUUUUGUUCCUCUAUUCUUGUACAAGAGCUGACCCCAAAACGGUGGGCUAUUGUAUUAUCCCCAUAUGCUUGGCAGUUAUUUGCAAUCGCCACCAGGCAUUUGUCAAGGCUUCUAAUCAGAUCAGCAGACUACAACUGAUUGACACGUAAAAUCAAGUAAAAUCAAAUCGGUCACCAUUUUUCCUUACAAUACAAAACUGCCAGUGCUAUAUGGAACCUGAUCACAAGACUGCAGUUUCUUCACAGAUCUCAGGAAGUUGUGGUGGGGCAGAGGCUUUCUAAAAAGUGUGACCAGGGGGCUCUCUUUAUCGGAAUAAUAAUGACUUUUUAAAUGAAGCCUGAGAUACAGUACUACAGAAUCAUGUUGAUGACUUCAGCUUUUGGAAGUAAAAUCGUGUCUGUUAUUCGCAUUCUUUAGAAACUUGAAUAAGUACCUGAACUCCUAUUUUUAUUCUACUGUGCAACAUAGUGAUGAUUCAGAAAUUUUUCCUUUGGGGAAGAAAAUAAAUAUGAAAAUUUCCAUUGUGCUUAAUGUAAAAAGGUCCAAACAUGGUCAUAAAAUUUAAAUUUUAUACAGUUA